UCUCUAGGACUUCCGAAACAAAAGCACAUAACAGUCUACACACUCUGCGCCAAUCGCCAACGACCACUAGCAGGUGCGGUGCGUAAUGCUGUUUUUAACACAGCCCGCCGUGUUCGAGGCCAAAUUCUCUACGUUGCACCGCCAUUUGUUGUUGCCUACCUUCUGUUUUCUUGGAUGGAAGAGAAG